AUGCGCUACAUCGCCCGCAAGCACAAGAUGUGCGGUGAGACGGAGGAGGAGAUCCUCCGCGUGGACAUGCUGGAGAACCAGAUCAUGGAUUUCCGCAUGAGCCUGGUGAUGGUCUGCUACAACCCCGACUUCGAGAAGCUCAAGCCGGGCUACCUGGAGCAGCUCCCGGGGAAGCUGAAGCUCUUCUCCAACUUCUUGGGGGACAGAAAAUGGUUUGCGGGGGAGAAGCUCACCUUUGUGGACUUCCUCAUGUUCGACGUGCUGGAGCAGAACCGCAUCUUUGAGCCCAAGUGCCUGGAGCCCUUCAAGAACCUCAAGGACUUCAUGGAUCGCUUUGGGGCCCUGGAGAAGGUGGCUGCCUACAUGAAGUCCAGCCGCUUCCUGAAGAUGCCCAUCAACAACAAGAUGGCCAAGUGGGGCAACAAGAAGGAGUAG